UAGACAAAGUAAACAACAUAGCUUCCACUUUGCCAAGGGUGACUUAUUAGCUUCAUUCAAUUCAAUGGUGCUCAUGAUGAAGUGGAUUGUGGCAACAUUGCUGGUGGCGGUUCUUCUGAGUAGUAGUGAAGUAGUUGAAGGUGCACCACAGGUACCAUGCUACUUCAUAUUUGGGGACUCAUUGGUGGACAAUGGCAACAACAACAAUCUUAACUCUUUGGCUAAAGCCAAUUACCUGCCUUAUGGGAUUGACUUUGGUGGCCCAACUGGAAGGUUCUCUAAUGGCAAAACCACUGUUGAUGUCAUUACUGAGCUUUUGGGGUUUGAUGGUUACAUACCUCCGUUUUCAAGCGCCAGUGGACAAGAAAUACUCAAAGGAGUCAAUUAUGCAUCAGCAGCUGCUGGAAUCAGAGAAGAAACUGGAAGGCAAUUGGGAGACCGAAUUAGUUUCAGUGGGCAAGUGCAAAAUUACCAAAAGACGGUAGGCCAACUUGUAAAUAUACUAGGAGAUGAGAACCAAGCUGCAAAUUACUUGAGCAAGUGCAUUUACUCAAUUGGACUUGGAAGCAAUGAUUACCUUAACAACUAUUUCAUGCCACAAUUAUAUUCCUCCAGCAGGGAAUACACCCCACAACAAUAUGCCGAUAAUCUUCUUCAAGCAUAUACUCAGCAACUCAGGAUUCUGUAUAACUAUGGAGCAAGGAAGAUGGCGCUAUUUGGAGUAGGUCAGAUAGGUUGCAGCCCAAAUGAAUUGGCCCAAAAUAGCCCAGAUGGUACAACAUGUGUAGAAAGAAUCAAUUCAGCAAACCAAAUAUUCAACAAUGGAUUGAAAUCCCUUGUUGAUCAACUCAACAACCAACUACCCGAUGCAAGAUUCACCUACAUCAACACUUAUGGUGUCUUUCAAGAUAUUAUAAGCAACCCUGCAUCCUAUGGUUUCAGAGUUACAAAUGCAGGGUGUUGCGGGAUAGGGAGGAACAAUGGUCAAAUUACAUGUUUGCCCCUGCAACCAGCAUGCAGGAACAGAAGGGAGUACGUGUUUUGGGAUGCAUUUCAUCCAACAGAUGCUGCUAACACAGUCAUUGGUAGAAGGGCUUACAGCGCUCAAUCUUCAUCUGAUGCUUACCCUAUUGAUAUCAAUCGCUUAGCCUCUCUCUGAGAUUCACAUCCUUUACAAUGUUCUCUUCGAUUUCUCUCCAAGUUUUAAUUAUUAUUAUGCCUUAUGUAUACUAGAGGAAACACCUCUUAAAUUUUCUCUUUUUCUAUACCGUAAUUUAUACUUAUAAUAAUGUCUAAGUAGCCUUCACAAAUACAAGUGUAAUUUGUAAUGAAUUUUGGUAAAAUUAUUUGCUU